AUGGCAUCCGCGGAUGGCUCCGAUAAUGCGGAGGGCACGGGCAAGAUCUUUACACCGGUCGUCAUCUUCAUCGCCCUUUCUCUCUACAACGUCGUCGAGCUCAACGUAAUCAUCUUUACAACCUUCAAAAGCCGCAAAAGUCUUUACUUUUGGAGCUUCCUCGCGGCCACUAAUGGAAUCGCUCCUCACUCGAUCGGCUUCCUGCUGAAGCAGCUACUGUCGCCCGACUAUUUCGUCCUCUUCAUAUCCCUCGUCUCCGUGGGCUGGGUUCUCAUGGUGACGGGCCAGUCACUCGUUCUCUACUCGCGCCUGCACCUGAUAUUGCGAAACCCUUUCUACUUGAAACUGGUUCUAGGCAUGAUUAUUACCAACGCUAUCGUCUUGCAUGUUCCGAUUAUCAUCCUCAUGUUUGGCGCCAACAGCCCGCAGGCAAAGAUCUUCGAAUUCCCGUACAGCGUUUACGAGAAGAUUCAGGUUACCGUAUUUUCGCUGCAGGAAAUCCUCAUAUCCUUGAUAUAUCUCAAGGCUUGCGCCUCCUUUUUCGAGGUCCAGGGUGCUCUCCAUGGGAGCAGCGUUCGACGGAUCCGCAACCAUCUCUGGAUGGUCAACGUCGUGGUCAUCCUGCUGGACAUUCCUAUUCUCGUCCUCGAAUACGCAAACUUAUAUGUCUACCAGACGGCAUACAAGGCUUUAGUCUACAGCAUCAAGCUGAAGCUGGAAUUCAGGAUCCUCAACCAGCUGAUCGAGGUCACCAAGAACCGUGACCACAACUCCGGAUCGCACAGGUUGAACUCGCACAGGGGCGUCGGAACCAAGGACGCAGCAGCGAUACACAUGGAGACGUUCAAGGGCGCCGAUGGCAAUCACGGCAACAUGUCGACAUCUCAGGCAUACGCCUAUGGCAGCGACGACGGCCGCCAGCUGGGGAAAGCGCACCCGGAUAACGGGGUUCUGAUGACCACAGAGAUUGUGGUGCACAGGCUGAAGAGAAUGGACGACGAUAGCGACAGCGCAGAUCGCAAGUCGUCAACAGGUGGGGAGCAUCGACACGGAACGAGGAGGGCCGUCGAUGCGUCGUCCAAGACGUCUUCAGAGAUCAACUUGACUAGGGAAUAUUGA